GCUGAAGAUGGAAACAUUGAAUACAAACUGAAGCUGGUGAAUCCAUCCCAGUACCGCUUCGAGCACCUGGUAACACAAAUGAAGUGGCGGCUGCAAGAGGGACGCGGUGAGGCUGUCUACCAGAUUGGGGUGGAGGACAAUGGGCUGCUGGUGGGGCUGGCUGAGGAGGAGAUGCGGGCCUCCCUCAAGACCCUGCACCGGAUGGCGGAGAAGGUCGGGGCCGACAUUACCGUACUCCGGGAACGAGAAGUGGACUAUGAUAGCGACACUCCCCGCAAGAUCACUGAGGUGCUGGUACGAAAGGUCCCUGACAACCAGCAGUUCCUAGACCUCCGUGUGGCCGUCCUUGGGAAUGUGGACUCAGGGAAGUCGACUCUGCUUGGAGUCCUGACCCAGGGAGAGCUGGACAAUGGUCGGGGCCGAGCCCGGCUCAACCUUUUUCGCCACCUGCAUGAGAUUCAGUCUGGCCGAACCUCCAGCAUCAGCUUCGAGAUCCUGGGCUUUAACAGCAAGGGAGAGGUGGUGAAUUACAGCGACUCACGAACGGCAGAAGAGAUCUGUGAGAGCAGCUCCAAGAUGAUCACCUUCAUCGACCUGGCAGGUCACCACAAGUACCUGCACACCACCAUCUUCGGCCUCACCUCGUACUGUCCCGACUGUGCCCUGCUCCUCGUCAGUGCCAACACAGGGAUUGCUGGCACCACAAGGGAACACCUGGGGCUGGCCCUGGCCCUGAAAGUGCCCUUCUUCAUCGUGGUCAGCAAGGUGGACUUGUGUGCCAAGACCACAGUGGAGAGGACGGUACGCCAGCUGGAGCGGGUCCUCAAGCAGCCUGGCUGCCACAAGGUCCCUAUGCUGGUCACCUCUGAGGAUGAUGCUGUCACUGCUGCCCAGCAGUUUGCCCAGUCGCCCAAUGUCACUCCUAUCUUCACACUGUCCAGCGUGUCUGGAGAAAGUCUGGACCUCCUCAAAGUCUUUCUGAAUAUCCUGCCGCCACUCACCAACAGCAAAGAGCAGGAAGAGCUCAUGCAGCAGCUGACAGAGUUCCAGGUGGAUGAAAUCUACACAGUGCCCGAGGUGGGGACUGUUGUUGGAGGGACACUUUCCAGCGGGAUUUGCCGUGAGGGGGACCAGCUGGUGGUGGGCCCCACGGACGACGGCUGCUUCCUGGAGCUGAGAGUAUGCAGCAUCCAGCGCAACCGUUCCGCUUGUCGUGUGCUGCGCGCUGGGCAGGCGGCCACGCUGGCCCUCGGGGACUUUGACCGAGCACUGCUGCGCAAGGGCAUGGUGAUGGUGAGCCCCGAGAUGAAUCCCACCAUCUGCUCGGUGUUCGAGGCAGAGAUAGUCCUACUGUUCCAUGCCACCACCUUCCGCCGAGGAUUCCAGGUGACAGUACACGUGGGCAAUGUACGUCAAACAGCAGUAGUGGAAAAGAUCCAUGCCAAGGACAAGCUGCGGACGGGGGAGAAGGCAGUGGUACGUUUCCGCUUCCUGAAACACCCAGAGUAUCUGAAGGUGGGAGCCAAGCUGCUGUUCCGAGAGGGUGUCACCAAGGGCAUUGGGCAUGUCACUGAUGUGCAAGCCAUUACAGCAGAAGCCCAGGCCAACAUGGGCUUCUGAGUCCUCUAGGCAGGGACAGCUCUACUGCUGUCCUACAAUAUAUAAGGUGACUUGGCCAAGCUGCCCCUGUUGGCGGCUGUGUGUGUUACUAGGCUAGGAGAGGGGGCGCCCUCUGCCACCUACUCCCUGCCACCACCUUUCUGGAGAGGUGCCAAGCUUCAUGUGGCCAGGGGGCAGUCCUGAGAGAGAAGACAGAAUUCAGAGCCAUGCUCAGCAGCUAUGUCCACCUGGUUGGCUCAACAACUCUGGCAACUUUGCCGCUGUCUACUGAGGAAGCCAACACAGCCGCCCCAGCCUCACUUUCAGGACGGCGUGAUUUGCCAGCAUGGUCCCUGCACAUCGAGAAUCGUCAGAAGCUGUCAGGGGUGGUCCUUGAGAGCACUCCUUUUUCUAUACCUCUUUUCAAGGCCAUGUUAAGUUGCCCCCCUCUACCUGAUUGUGGACAGAAGACAUUACUCCUGGCCAUCUGGUGGCCUCGGGCCUGGAGACGCCCAGGGACAGUGAUGGCAGUGCUCUCCCUGUGCAGGCCCAGGGCCUGCUCCUCAGCUUUAUCCCCUCACCGUUCUUCGUUCAAGGGCCGUUUGCCCGGUUCCUCCUUCCGCAAGCCCCACAGGUGCUACUUGUGCUGGCCUGGGCGUGGGGCUGCCGAGCAGAGGCUCGGGUACCUAGGUCAGCUGCACGUCAGUCUCGUCCUCUGCUCUGCAGUCACGCAUCUGUGGCUUUCAUGCUGAAUCAAAUGUUUGACUUUGCUUGGAAUAGUGGCUGAGGGGACCUGACCCAUAGUUCCCCAUCCUGCCACUCCUUCCUGCUCCCACAGAAAAGCCCUCUCUUGUUUUAGUAAUUUGUAGCGAUCAUCCCCUUCCCUCUGUUGCAGGGAACCUGGAGGAAGGGGAAAGACGUAUGCCAUAUCCCUACUCCUUAGGCAUGGAGUUCCUCCUUUCUCUGUUUGUGUCCUGGGUUCCCACGGACUCAGGGAUUUGUUGAUGAGGUUUCUCUGCAUAUACAGAUAUAUAAAUAUGUACAUAUAUAUAUUUAAAUACAUAUAUAUUGUACAGAAUAAAGAUGUUUUAUUGAA